AUAGAAAUGGCGAUCUACAUGGCUGCAAUCUUAUUACUUGAUGAAGAGGAUGAGGCUUUUGAGCCUCAUAAUCAAGUAAUGAGGAUUACGCGAAGAAUACUUCGAGAUGUAUCGGACCCAUUUUCUAUUUCGGAUAAUGAAUUUCGCAAGUUGUACAGACUGACAAAGGAUACGACUCGAAUGCUAAUUCGAGAAUUGGUGCCAUUCAUGCGUCAGAUAUCACGAAGAACUGCAAUAUCUCAUGAAUUAGGUACACUAUACUUUAAAUUUGAAAUUUAUUUACAGGGUCAUAUCAACGAAGAGUUGGACAAGAAUUUUUGA